UAGCCUGCGUGGCGGGGCGUGCGCUCCGUUAUUUAUUUAUUUUCUCCUUAUUUACUGAUCGCACGAGCAGAGCGGCACCAGGAGCCUGGGGACAUGCAGGACCACCCACUGGCGGGGAAGCAGCAAACCGCCCUCCCGCGCACCCGCGCUGCUGAGCGCCUCCAGCCUCCGCGCUCCGGCGACUGCCCGCGCGGGCCCGGGCCCCGGCCCCGGCCCCGCAGCGCCACAGCCCCUGCAGCUCUGCAGCCCCUUCCCCCAGCAACCCUGCACCGCGCAGCUCCGACCCCGGCCCCGACCCCGGAGACAGCGGCGGCGCAGUAAGUUGGCAGGAGCGAGUCCCCUUGGUUCGCCUCCCCCGCACCUUUUGAACUUGUUGCUGCUGCACGGCUGGCCUGCGUCCGGCUUUUGGAAGGUGAAAAGGAGGAGGGAAGCACGGAAGGAUGGGGGAAGGGGAAGCCUAGCUCGCUUGAGCUUUAUUUAUGCUUCAUCGGCGCCUGGAUUCGGCUGCUUGCAAGCUGCUCCCUCUGCUUUUCCCUUUUCGGGUGCACGGCGAGGAGAAAGUCUCUAAUGCAACUCAGCCCGGAUGCACACUUGGCCAGGUAUGUACCGCAGGCGAGGCGCGUUCUGUGCGCAGACAGAUGCUGCUGCCGCCGAGGCGGUGGCGGCUGCCAGCUCCCGGGCUUCUUAACUGUUACACUGCACCUGAGCUGAACUUGAAAAGAGAGUGAAGGGGCUAUUGGGCGAACGCUUUUGGCAGACACAAGGGGCGCUUGUAGACGAGGGGAGGAGGAUCUAUACUAACGCCCCCACCGCGCCUGCCCCGUAGCACCUCGAUCUCUACAAAUACAGCAGGAGGGGUAGAGGUGGCCACCGGACUCCCAAAGAGACGUGGGGCAGUGUCUGUGAUGCAUCUGGGGAGCUACAACAGGUCGCCUUUUUGAGACUCCUUUGGCGGGAAGGGCCACUUGAAAAAGGAAGGUUUGAAAGAGUCAAAAGGGAAGGUAUAAGCGUUCCUUAAUUCGUCAAAAGAAUACCACUGAGUGAUUGUCUUUCGUUUUCUUUACCCUAUACAAAGCAUACUGACCUCACGUUAUCUUCGUGUCAGAGGAGAAAUCAAAGACACCUACUUGCAGAAAUUGCUGCAUCUAAAGUCACCUGUGUACUUAUUUGUACCAGGAGUGGCCUGGUCCAACUGCUGGAAAACGUUUGGUUAGGUUCUUUAGGGUGUGAUUGUUAGGACAUUGUAUUUUCCAAAUAGCUAUCUUUGAGGAAAACUUGCCCUUCUGAGAACUGUGACUUCACCAGGAACCGUACCUUGGAAUAAGAGUGCUACCUCUGGACCACCUUUCUCUGUAGUAUUUGUUUGACAGUAGGAAGUGCGUGUUUGUGGCUACUUUGACCUACGGUAGAGGCCUGAUUGCACUUCUUGCCUCCACUUCAAGGCACCAUGGCUGCAGGUGUAGCAGCAUGGCUGCCCUUUGCAAGGGCAGCGGCCAUAGGAUGGAUGCCUGUGGCUUCGGGCCCCAUGCCAGCUCCCCCAAGGCAGGAGAGAAAAAGGACUCAGGAUGCUCUGAUUGUGUUGAAUGUGAGCGGCACCCGUUUCCAAACAUGGCAGGACACCCUGGAACGGUAUCCAGAUACUCUACUGGGCAGUUCUGAGAGGGACUUUUUCUACCAUCCCGAGACUCAGCAGUAUUUUUUUGACCGUGAUCCAGACAUCUUCCGCCAUAUCCUGAAUUUCUACCGCACUGGGAAGCUCCACUAUCCUCGCCAUGAGUGCAUCUCUGCAUAUGAUGAAGAAUUGGCCUUCUUUGGCCUAAUCCCAGAAAUUAUUGGCGACUGCUGUUAUGAGGAGUACAAGGAUCGCAGGCGAGAGAACGCGGAGCGCCUACAGGACGACGCUGAUACUGACAAUACAGGAGAGAAUGCUUUGCCCACCAUGACUGCUCGGCAGAGAGUCUGGCGGGCAUUUGAGAACCCCCACACCAGCACAAUGGCCCUGGUGUUCUACUAUGUUACAGGGUUCUUCAUUGCCGUCUCAGUCAUCGCUAAUGUGGUCGAAACAGUGCCAUGUGGGUCUAGCCCAGGUCACAUUAAAGAACUGCCUUGUGGGGAGCGGUAUGCAGUGGCCUUCUUUUGCUUGGAUACCGCCUGCGUCAUGAUCUUCACUGUUGAGUACUUGCUUCGCCUGGCUGCAGCGCCCAGUCGUUACCGUUUUGUGCGUAGCGUCAUGAGUAUCAUAGAUGUGGUGGCCAUCCUGCCUUAUUACAUUGGGCUAGUGAUGACAGACAAUGAGGAUGUGAGCGGGGCCUUUGUCACACUCCGAGUCUUCCGUGUCUUCCGGAUCUUUAAGUUUUCCCGCCACUCUCAAGGCCUGCGCAUCCUGGGGUACACAUUAAAGAGUUGUGCAUCCGAAUUGGGCUUCUUGCUCUUCUCGCUCACCAUGGCUAUCAUCAUUUUCGCUACAGUUAUGUUCUACGCAGAGAAGGGGUCUUCCGCCAGCAAGUUCACCAGCAUCCCUGCUGCCUUCUGGUAUACCAUCGUCACUAUGACAACACUAGGGUAUGGUGACAUGGUACCAAAAACCAUAGCAGGGAAGAUUUUUGGAUCCAUUUGUUCGCUGAGUGGUGUCUUGGUCAUUGCUCUACCUGUUCCAGUGAUUGUAUCCAACUUCAGUCGGAUCUACCACCAAAAUCAACGAGCAGACAAAAGAAGAGCACAAAAGAAAGCCAGACUUGCUAGGAUACGGGCAGCCAAAACUGGAAGUGCAAAUGCUUACAUGCAAAGUAAACGGAAUGGUUUACUCAGUAAUCAACUACAGUCCUCUGAGGAUGAGCAGACCUUUGUCAGCAAAUCGGGCUCCAGCUUUGAAACCCAGCACCACCACCUGCUUCACUGCCUGGAAAAAACCACAAAUCAUGAGUUUGUGGAUGAACAAGUCUUUGAAGAAAGUUGCAUGGAGGUUUCAACUGUUAAUCGUCCUUCAAGUCACAGUCCCUCUCUGUCUUCACAACAAGGAGUCACCAGCACUUGCUGUUCAAGACGACACAAAAAAACUUUCCGCAUCCCAAAUGCCAAUGUAUCAGGAAGCCAUCGAGGCAGUGUGCAAGAACUCAGUACGAUUCAGAUCAGAUGUGUGGAGAGAAACCCACUAUCUAACAGCCGUUCCAGUUUAAAUGCCAAAAUGGAAGAGUGUGUUAAACUAAACUGUGAACAACCUUAUGUGACUACAGCAAUAAUAAGCAUCCCAACACCUCCAGUAACCACUCCUGAAGGAGAUGACAGGCCAGAAUCUCCGGAAUACUCAGGAGGAAACAUUGUCAGAGUGUCUGCUUUGUAAGGCAACCAGAAUCAGGUCUAGGAGAAUUUGAGCCCUGGCUGUGGAAAGAAUACCAAUGUGGAAGAAAGAAGAAAAAAUAAAUGUUUUUCAGAUGAAAAUGGCAAAGUAAGAAGGUUGGUAGUAAAACAAAAAUAAAGCUUCCAAACUAGAGGAUGGAAAUAAAACCACCAAAUGGCAUUUCUUUAGAGUUUGACCUGAUGUACAGAGGAAUAGUCUGUGGCCCUUGAGCUUUGUGAAUGAGCACAACGAAAUGCCGCCUAUUGAUGCUUCUUAUGACCAGAACUCUUUUUUAAUAAAAUAAAAUAAAUCUUUGAACCUAAUGUUACAGUUGAAUGCAAAACAAACAAAAAAAAAUAUGGAAAACAUUUUGAUAAAAAUUUUUCCUGUUAAAACCAUGAACAUUGGCUAUGAUGAAGAUUAUUGCAUAUUAAAAAACUCAUGCAACAUAUUUGUAUUGACUGAAGGAAACCAUCAUAAUGCAUGCUAGAAUUCUUUGGAGUAGUGAUCUCAGUUUCCUUAUGUUGUCUUCAGACUAGGCAUGAUAAACUAUAAAUGUAGAAAGGGGGAAUUUCUGUGCACUUACAACAAGCUGAUCGUUCAUGUUCUAUGGUGGGCUGUGCAAAUAAACUCCUUUUGGGACUGCAGCAUUUCUCAUGGGGAUGCUCAAUAGUAAAUCUAAAAUGUUCAGUUAGUUCAGUAUUAAUUAUAAUUUUACCUUGCACCUAGAUAAUGUUACAACUGCAAUAAUUCAUUGUGCACCUGUUGUACCAGGAAUCAGGAUUUUGUUGUUAUAUUUUCCAGAUCUUCAUAAUUUCUGUAAGAGCCACAUUCAUAGAAAAACUUCUAGUGUGGUUAGGUUUUAGAUAAUGUUUUAAUCCAAAACUUUUGUGUCAUAAAUGUUUUUCAGUAAUAUUCUUUGGUGCAAUGUAUUCCUGUGACUGUUCAUUUCUUGUUCCUGUUUUUCUAUAGCACGUUUAUAUUGGGUUUAUUGUCAUCAACUGGACUAAUGCUCUGUAGUUCAAUUGACUUACCUACAUCUGUAUUUCCCAACAAAUCCUCUUGUAAGUAGAUUAUCAUCAUCAAUCCCCUUGUCAAAAAUUAGAAAAAAAGGAGUUGACAUCCAUGAAUUAUCUCUAACCUCUUUGCUGUCAUGGAAAAGCCCACACAUUAGAUAUACCACUGUAUGUUCCAUAAAAAGAAUUGGCUGGACUAUUAUCACAGGAUCAGUGAUCCCAGAAUUUCACUUGACAUAUUAUUUAUUUUGCUUUAGAUCUCAAAUAAAUAUAAAAUAACUAAUAGGAAUUGAAAGGCAGAGAUAAACCAAGUGCUUUAUGUAACAGUAUUUGAUGAAAGCACGCUUUCCAUGCUGUUGGAAAGGCAGCACAAAUCAAUCUCAGAAAGAUUUCUGUGUAUUGCAAGGAACAAUUUUCUCCACUAAAUCAGGAGAACAGGUGUUUGGUGAUGCAAAGUUGAACUCUAUGUACAUUUAAGUGAAAAGUCUCGAUAAUGUUUCACCUUUAAAAUAUAUCAGCAGAUAUGUCUGCACGUGACAGUGUAAAAAUGUUUUAUGUCAGAUGAAAAGUUUUGUUCAUUCCAAGCCACCAGUGUAAGAAAUAAGGUUUAGCUUUGAUACAGAGAAAGAGUUAAUAAUUAUCCCUCUACUAUAGAGAUUUUUAAAUGCUUAUUAUAAUUUAUCAUAAAAAUUAAUUAAUCCAACUAUUUUCAAGUAAAGCCAGAAAUUCUUGCUUCCCAUUUCUAGAAUUGCUUCUAGAACAAUGCUGUGCACACAGUAGAUUUUAAUAAACAUUUGCUGAGUGAAAGGAAGAUAAAUUCUUCUUUCUCUUGAGAAGAACUGGCUAUAUUUCUAGUAUGUCUUUAAAAAGUUACUAACCUUCCUGGAGUGUGAAUAUUAACAAUUAUAUUAACACAUGCCUCAUGUCACUUUAUGCUUCUAGAGUAAAUAUACAGUAAAAGUUCUUUGAUGGCAUUUGUUGAAAAAUUUUUUAAAAAGUAGACUAAAGAAACCACAAUCAGGAGUGCUUACAUCUUUUGAUUCCCAAUGAGAAUUCUAUUUUCAUGUUCUGAAUAUUACAUUUUUAAAAUGCAAUUCAGUUAGAUUAUUUCAGUUAAAAAUUCUGCCUCCUUUUCAACUUAUCAUAUAUCCAAAACUAUUAUUUUGUUUAGAUUUUUGGAAGAAAAAAAAAAAAAUUGGUGUUUUAGGUGAUUUAAAAGUGUACUGUGUUGGUGGUGAAUGACUAUUGAUGACUGUGUUAAGUGCAUCUGUAUUGUAAGUGAAAUGUAAUUAUUUCUGUGUACCAUAUGGAGUAACCAAGGUCAUUGUUUUGGACAAUUUUGUUUGAAAUUUAUAUAUCUUAUUUUAAAAGGUAGCAUAAUAUCUGCAUUAUGCUGGAAAAAAAUAGGCCUCUGGAGAAUACUUAAAUAAACAUGUGCAUGCUUGAACAGGA